AUGAAAGGAGGAAGAAGCUAAUCACUUGAUACACUUAAAUUGUAGUAGUUACAUGCUUAGCAACAAUUAAAAAAUAAUGAUAUUAAGCAAUCGUAUUUACAGAUAUAAGAAAAUUUAUAAUAAAAGCUCAUAAAAUAGGGAGCUUUAUAAUCUUUAAGUCAUUUCAAUAAUGCAGUUAGUGGUAACCACAUGUCUAUAAGCUCUAGCAAAAAAGAUUUUAAUGGAGAUCCAUAAGAAAUAAAGUUGUUUGUUUAGCAACAUAACUAGAAUUUUAAUAAACUAAUGAGCGAAAAAUUAGAUUUAGAAGAAGAAAUCAAAUAUCUAAAAGGGUAGAAUGAGUAGCUGCUUAAAUAUCAGCAGCUUCUUUCUAUUUCAAAAUCUAAGCAAAACAUGGAACUUACAUCUACACCUUCAGGAUAGACUUCAUAUAAGGAAUAUAGCAACAUUAAAGUGGAUUUAAUGAACUACUCAAUCAGAAAUAAAGAGUUGGAGAAUGAGUUAUUUUAAUUACAACAAUAGAUGAGAAUGUAUAAAAUGCAGUUAACAAAUGACUCUCCUAAAAAAUUUCUUUCAAACACAGACUAUGAUCCUCAUCAAUUCUCAAACAAAAUAAGCGACUUAGGGAAAAUAAUAGCAGAUCAAAAAUCAGAAAUUCAAUGUUUGUAAAUGAAAAUAAAAGAAAAAGAAAGAUAAAUUGAAGUCUUAAGUGACAAUGCAAAGCAGAUGUAAACAAGCAUUAACUUGUUGGAGAAAGAAAAAUUUGUAUUAGAAACAAGUUGCCAAAGUGAAAUAUAAAGGGUUAAAGAUUCUUAGGCAAUGGAACUCGAAUCCCUGAGAAAAUUGAAUAAAUAACUUGAUGAAUCAAUUAUGAAAGCAUAAAAUUCUUUAAAUGAAAGUGAGUAAAAUAAGCAAGAAUAAUUGAAAGCGAAUAAUAAACUAAUUAUUGAGUUAUAGGAAGAGCUUAAAAAUGUUACUAAGCAGAAAAAUUAAUUAGAGUAAUAGCUUUCUUCCUAGUUAAUGGAUUUGAGAGGAGAAAAAGACUUGCAAUUAAUCCAUUUUAAUAACAAAAUUAAGGAGCUAGAAAAUUCAGUUAACUAAUGGGAAAUAAAAUUCUAUAAAUAAAAGGUAGCUCAAGAGUAGGAAAUAGAUUAGUUAAAGGAGUUGCAUGAACAACGAAUAUUAUUAAUGAAAAAAGAAAUGGAAAGUAAGGAGAAUUAGUAGUUAAAGAAAUAAGAAAAUUUUCAACAAAAUUUAAGGGAUGCUGAAAAAGAUAAAAAUAAUAAAUCAGAAGUUAUAAAGUAGCUCAGAAUUGAGUUAGAAGACAUUAAAGCUAAGUUUAAACUAAGCAAAGACUCAUAUGAGAUACAAAUUGAAGAUUUAAGAUAGGAAAUCAAGAGGUUUGGCUAAUCAAAAAUGGAGAUGAUGGCUUAGCUUGAAGAAAAAGAAAGAGAAAACAAGAAAUUGUUUAGUUAAAUCUAAAGCUGUAAAGCUGAAAUUGAAGAAUUAAAGUCAAAUAUAGAAGAAAUGAACAACCAAGUAACAGAAUUGCAAAAAUAAAAUUCUGAAGAAUCUUUUUCACAUAUUCUUGACCAGAAAAUGAUGGAUCUAGAAAAAGAGUUUCAAAGAAGGCAGAAAGAAGUAGAAGACGAAAGGAUUUUAGAAUUAAAAGCUUAGAGAGAUAAAUUCAUUGGGGAAAUUAUUUAGCUAGAAAUUAAACACAAACACGAAAUUUAGAAAUUCUAAGAUCGCUUAGAUGGCUAUCAAAUGAAAGAUGCUUAAUCAAUGAAAAGCUUGGAUUAGAGAAUUUAAGAUAUCAAAGAUAAUUAUGAAAGCUAGAUCGAGCAUUUAGCUAAAUAAAGUUAAAGUGAAUUAAAUUAAACCAAAUAAGAUUAUGAAAAGCAAAUUGAAGGCAUUAAGAAAGAAUAAAUACAGAAAGAAGAAAAAAUGAAAUAAGACUUUGAAAGUGCUUUGUAAACUUAAAAAAUUGAUUAUGAGCUCAAUUACUUAAAGCCUUUGAAAAAAGAAUACAACGAUUUAUAAAAAGCUUCAAAAGAAAAGAUAAGCGCUUUAGAAUCUUCUUUGCAAAUUAUCAAACAGGAAAUGGAAGGAUAAGUACAUUUCUAAAAAAUCUAACUAGAAAAUACUAAAAAAGCUUUUGAAAUGAAGCUGUCAUCUGAUAAAAAGAUAAUAAAAGAAUUAGAGGAAUAAAUAGAGUUAUAAAAACAGUAAAUUGAGGAGUAGAAAAAUACAAUUUCAGAACUUUAAGAUUAAGUAAAGCAAUUAAAUGCAUUGAUAAAUAUUAUCAAAUGCGAAAAGUCAGAGCAGUGUAGCUUCCUAGAAGAUGAAAUCAGUAAAAUUCACCAAUCUUACUCUUCGAAAGAAAGUGAUUUGAUUUUGAAAUACGAAUAAGAUUAGAAGAAAUAAAAUAAAGAUAAUCUAAAAUUUAUUUUGAAAGUGAGAUAGUAAUUUGAGGAUUUACUUUUGAUUGAACACUAGAAAUAUGAGAAAGUUUUAAUGGAAUAUGAGGAGCUGCUAAGACUUUAUGAUGCAAAAGGAUGCAGAGAAGAAGAUGCUAUCCUUAUUCAAGCUCUUAAAGAUGAAUGCUUUAAAACAUAAGAGGAACUUAAGUAUCUUAUUCUGGAAGUUGUAAAUCGAGAGAAGAUGUAUAAUAAAAUAUUUACUAAUUACCAGGAAACGGAAUUUAUGUAGAUUCUAUUAAAGAAAGCAGAGAGAAUAGAAUAAUUCAAAAAUAUGAUUAAUACCAAUCAAAUAAGCUAGCUUGAGAGCGAAUAGAGUUAGCUUGAUAUUCCCUUAAACAGUGAAGAGUUACUGCUUCCUAAUUUGAAUAUUUCAACAAGAAAUAAUAAAGAAUUCCUGCCCAUGGUCAAUACUUCUAAAUCAUUCAAAGGAUUUAAAAGUGAUGAAACCCCUUCAACUAGUGCUAAUUCUGGUGCUUUGAAGUUAACCUCUAAAAUAGUGAAUAGGGGCUUUGAUCUAUCUGGAAAUGGAAAUCAAAUAAAAAACAAAGCAGAAAAUAUUCCUAUCGCAAAUAACUAGAAAAAACAAAGUAUAUCAAUCUAGUAAAAUAGUGUGAUAAAUUAAAGUUAGGUUAUCACUAAGUAAAUGCAACCUCAUUAUAUGAUCACUUAGCUUAACUAAACAAAUAGUGUAUUUAAAGGAAAUAUCGAUUUGAACAAAAAUUUAUAAAAUUCAAGCUCAUCAAAUAACUAAAGGCCUAAAUAUGAACAAUUCUGUACCCUUGACAAUAUUUAAACAAGCUAACAAUUUAAAUCGAAGCUUAAUUCAACAAAAAAUUAAUUCCAUAAAUAAAAUAGCUCUGUACUAGGCAGUGAUAAUAAUUUAGGAGACUUCUCCUCUUCAAAAAGAAAAGUAACAAAUAGAGAAAGGAGAUGUUUUUCAUAGAUGUCAGAUUAUUAAGAAGAUGUCAUGUAAAAGUAAAACGAUAGGUAGCAUACAGAAUUUAAUGUGCAAACUGAAGAACCGCUUCUCGUGGUUAAUGCUUAAAGUGUGAAUAUUUAGAAAAAUCCUUAAGGGCCAUUUUUAACCCAUGGAAACUAAAGAAGAAAAUACCUUUAAAGCAAUAAAAAUAAAGCAUAAAUGCAUUAAACUACAACUAAUUCCUUUUAAACUUCACACUAAUAGAGAUUUUCAACAGGAAAUAUUAGCAUAAAUAGCCAAAUUAAUUUAUAACAAGAGUUACUUCCUGCCUUUUAAAAAAGCCAAGAAGAUUAAAUAGAUUAAUAUGAAAAUAUGCAACUUAAAAUGCUCAAUCACAAAAGUGUUGAGAUUUCUAACCAUCAAAAUGAAACUCAAUAAAAUAAUAAUCUAAAUAUGAGUAUGAGUUCUUAAUAAAACUACGGUUCAGUACCUGCUGAGUCGAGAAAGACCUCAUAUGCAUAAAUUUAUGCAUAAAUGUUUAUGAACAAAGUGAGUAGAAUAGUAAAAACUUCUGAUGGGAGUUAAAAUGUUCGUAAAAAAAUAAUUUGA